AUGGGUCUCACCCUGACAGCAUCAUCAGACACCAGCCUCGUCGCGUACUCCGACGCCGACUGGGCUGGGUGUCCUGACACUUGGCGCUCUACUUCCGGCUACUGCGUCUACCUCGGGCCCUCUCUGAUAUCAUGGUCGUCUAAACGACAACCCACGGUCUCACGAUCGAGCGCCGAUGCCGAGUACAGGGCAGUGGUGAACGCCGUUGUGGAGUGCUCCUGGCUACGACAGCUGCUUCAGGAGUUGCUUGUUGAGGUUCCCAAGGCCACGCUCGUCUACUGUGACAACGUCUCCGUGGUCUACCUCGCUGCCAACCCUGUUCAUCAUCGUCGAACGAAGCAUAUUCAGCUCGACAUUCACUUCAUUCGGGAGCAUGUUGCCCUUGGUCGUGUUCAAGUUCUACAUGUGCCCACCGAUCAGCAGUUCGCCGAUGUUAUGACGAAGGGACUACUCUUGAUAACCCACAAUCCCCAACCUCCUGAAGAGACGCAAUUAACUGAAGAUAUCGACACUUUUUUCAGAGUUCGUGAGUGCCUCCCCCGGAGAAGCAACCGGCAGCAUUCUUCGAGAUCCCUCUCCCGCAAAUCCGGCGACCUCGUGGCGGCCGCCAUGGAACGGCGGACCGGCGUCCUCCACGUCCCGCUCACCCAUGGCGGCCCCCUCUUCCGCGUCGCUGCCUCGCUCAUCCUCGCGCCCUCCAAAGCCCUCGCCGUUCCACGCGCAAACGCGAUCCUCUUCACGGGCGACCGCGUCCCCGGCACCGGCGAGCCGGCGAUCGAGCGGCUGUCCGACGCCGCCUACCUCGCCAAGCUCCUCGCUGGGAAGCUCGCCGGGGAAGCCAACGCGUGGGUGGUCGAUGCCGCUUGCUUUGCCGGGCCGUUUGCGGUUUACCGAGAGCUCGUUCCGGCUGUGGACGCCGUUGGCGACCCUGGGCGGUAUGACCCCACUGGCCUACCGGCGGCGGUUGGUGUUGCCAACAUCUUGGCACACUGUAUUCGGGAGAUACAAAAUAAAGUCAUGAGGGGGCCAUUGAAUGAUUCUGCAAGCAAUCAAGAACCUGCUGCAUCAUUGCCACCGUCUUGUGCUCCUAAAACUAUCAUCCUGGGGUUCAGUAAGGGUGGAGUUGUCGUCAACCAGCUCGUGACAGAACUUUCUUACUGGGCCUCAAAAUCAGCAAAAAAUUCAGUUGAUGUUUCACAGAGAAGCCCAGCCCUCUUGACUGCCGAUCUACUUGUUCCCGCUACAGCUAGUGAUGUUUUGUCAAGUAUUUCCGAGUUCCAUUAUUUGGAUGUUGGCCUCAAUUGUGCUGGAGCAUACACUACUGACCAUGCGACGAUCAAGGGGAUAGCCAGCUAUGUCUCCCAGACUAGUGAUACUCUCCGUUUCGUCCUUCAUGGGACUCCGAGGCAGUGGUCUGAUCCGGACCGCCCAUGGAUCCUGGCCGAGAAAAACACGAUGCUGCGGUUGCUUCGGGACGAGGCCAACAAAUGUGAAGGGAGACUGACGCUAUCUGAAAAGAAGUACUUUGAUGGUAGACCACGCAGUGUGCUGAUGCAUUUUGAGAUUCUGGAAGCAAUGGACAUAUCCUGAUAUUCAGCGUGCGCAGCCUAUAUAGCCUUCUUUUUGAGGGUUUUAGAUUAUUUUUCGUCUUUUUGAAGGCAGAUUCAUUCCUUCAGGUCUUAUACUGUAAAUAUGAGAAAUCUUUUCUGAACAGUCAAUACAAUCAGUUACAGCUGAACUCCUCGAAUCAAAUGACUAACGAAAUAUAUAUGUGAGAUCGUUAGUUUCUUUA